AUGUUGCUGCAAUGUUGUUACAAUCUUGCGGUGCUGUAUGGGAUUGUAGCACUGUGCGAAACAAGGCUAAAUGAACAAUUCCGUCCUAACAUAAACAACUACGAUAUAUACUCACACGAUCGCAAUCGUCAAGGAGGUGGUGUUGCCAUCCUCUUGAGGAAAAACCUCGGAUUCACUCAGAUAGUUGAUGAGAAUAUCAAUCAGACAUGCAAACGUAACGAUAUCGAGCAUAUCAUGGAAAAGAUCUGGCUCAGUACAGAGAAAUCUAUAUUCGUCUGUUCACUCUAUAGCCCUCCGCGUGGCAGUAAUUGCCCGCAUACGGAGCCCCAAGCAUGGCUAUCCUUGCUUCGGUACUGCACCAGCUUUAAUCCUAUCGUCAUCUGCGGUGACGUUAAUGGAAAAAGUGCGCUCUGGUCCCUAGGGAUUUUGGGGCCGGACUCAGAGGGAAAUAGGCUAGAGAACGCAAUUUCGCAACUUGACCUUUCAUGCCUCAAUGACGGCAACUAUACCUGGGCUUCGGCAGACUUUUCAUCCACUUCUGCUCUUGAUAUUACCCUCGCAUCUUCGUCUAUCGCCACCAAAUGUUUAUGGAAUGUUCUCGGGGAGAGUUAUGGCAGCGACCAUUUCCCUAUUAUAAUAACUAUAUCAGACGAUUGCCUUAAUUCGUCCUUUGGCCGUCCUUCGUUUUCUACCGCCAGGGUGGACUGGGGCAUGUUCCAGUGUGAGUGUUCUAGGUUUGUUGAUCGGUUCCGUGGCUUCAGUGGUGAUCUAAACAACGACUACAACGAAUUAGUCAAUGCAAUCCACCUGGCGCUAACAACUGCGGGUGCAAAAAAACAGUCAUCUAGAGGCCUUAGGAAAAAACCUCCCACAACAUGGUGGGACGAUAAAUGCAACGAUAGGAUUCUCCAGAAAAAUUGA